GAAUAAAUUGUUGAUGUCAGUUCGUGUAUGUGUUUGUGUGCAAUCAGUUGUUGACUAUUUGCAAAUUAUCGCGGAGAAGAUAGUACAAAGUUUUGCGAAAAUUACUAAGGCUCAAUAAAAAUCGGGAUUUUUUGUUAGUCGCGAUAUAAAUUCGGACUCGCAUAUAAAUCGAAAUGUCGUCGGGCGUAAAGUGUCGUAAUUGCGGUUCCACCGAUAUCGAAGAAGACAAUGCACGUGGUGACCGAGUUUGUACAAAUUGCGGCUCUGUGCUAGAAGAUUCAUUAAUUGUUUCCGAAAUCCAAUUCGAGGAAGUAGGACAUGGCGCCUCAGCCAUAGGUCAAUUCGUUUCGGCCGAAUCUUCUGGUGGUGCCACCAACUACGGUUAUGGUAAAUUUCAAGUGGGUUCUGGCACAGAAUCGCGCGAAGUCACUCUUAAGAAAGCUAAACGUGAAAUUACACAUUUGUGUCAACAAUUGCAAUUGACUCAGCAUUACAUAGAUACGGCAUUGAAUUUCUUUAAAAUGGCUUUAAUGCGCCAUCUAACACGGGGACGCAAGAGUACACAUAUUUACGCUGCUUGUGUGUAUAUUACCUGUCGCACGGAAGGAACAUCACAUUUAUUAAUUGAUAUUAGCGACGUUCAACAAAUAUGCUCAUAUGAGCUUGGCCGCACAUAUUUAAAACUGUCAAAUGCCUUGUGCAUAAAUAUUCCAUCAGUUGAUCCCUGUCUGUAUAUCAUGCGGUUUGCCAAUAAACUGCAAUUCGGCGCGAAGGCUCAUGAGGUAUCGAUGACGGCAUUACGCAUAGUGCAGCGCAUGAAAAAAGAUUCAAUCCAUUCAGGACGAAGGCCAACUGGUCUGUGUGGAGCUGCUCUACUAAUCGCAGCUCGCAUGCACGAAUACAGUCGCACCAUUUCCGAUAUUGUGCGUAUUGUGAAAAUUCAUGAGUCCACAUUGCGUAAAAGACUGACAGAGUUUGCAGACACACCCUCAAGUGCGCUGACCCUUGAUGAGUUUAUGUCCGUGGACUUGGAGGCAGAACAGGAUCCACCAGCAUUUAAGGCGGCACGAAAAAAAGAUCGAGAUCGUAUUAAAGAUAUUGGCGAAAGUGAAUUGACUGCCUUACAAAAGGAAAUCGAUUUACAAUUGGAACAGGAUCUUAAGCGUUCACAGAAAGUCUCCAUAAAACGCCUAAGCGUGCCAAUUGGUGGUGCCGAUGAAUUCGAGGAGGAAGAAACCGCAGAAUUCAUAGAAAAAUCCAGUCUGGAAGCUAUACAAGAAUGCUUGGAGGACACACCGGAUUUAAAGGCCGCCGUGCCUAAGACACAAAAGCUGGUAAUUGAAGGCCUCAAGCCAGAUAUAGAAUCAAUGUGUCGUCCCACAGCAAGUGAGCUGAUGGAACUGGAGAAAUCUCAGUCCAAAGAAGAAAUUAGCGAAUUAAGUUUAGAAGGCCUGGACGAUGAGGAAAUCAACAACUACAUUUUAACCCAUGAGGAGGCGGAGCGUAAAAAUGUCAUGUGGAAGGCAUUAAAUGCGGAAUACCUCAAAGAAAUGAAGGAGAAAGAAGAAAGACUGGCCAAAGAGCGCGAGGAGGGUAAACCAGAGAAAAAGAAACGCAAGUCACGUAAAAAGGUUAUUGGCCCUUCGACCACCGCAGGCGAGGCCAUAGAGAAAAUGCUACAGGAAAAGAAGAUCUCUACGAAAAUUAAUUAUGACAUACUCAAAACGCUCACCGAGGGUGGAGCCAGCACCAGUAGCAGUGCCGGAGUGGGAGGAGGCAUUGUCAAGUUGGAGACCACAAGAGAUGAGAUAAAUGUUAAGCCUCAAGUGGAUAUCAGUCAGUUGCCAGUGGUGGUCGAGUCUGGACCGAUUCACAGCAAACAUGGCCGUGGCAAACCCUCAUAUUCAAUAGGAGGUCCAGCUGCGAAAAUUCCCAAAAUUGAAGUGGGUCUACCAGUUGCAGAACCCGAGGCCAAGGAGGAUGGUGUCAUUGUGGAAAAUGAUGAUAUGGAAAUGGAUGAGGAUGCUAUUGCCGAUGAAGAUGUUGAACCAGAACCUGAAAAAGAAUAUUCAUCACUCAAGGAUAUGUUAAACGAUGGCAACGAGGAUGACGACUACUAUGGAUAUGACGAGGAUAAUUAUUAAAAAAAUUUAUCCCAAAAUAAAAGAACAAACAUUUAAGACCAUCCAACUUAAAUUCUCUACAUACACAUAA